UUCACGUCAGAUUCUCAGCUCCUGCAAGCAAGCGGCAAGCACGGACAUUUUGUAUGCUCCAAUAAAGUUUUAUUCUCUAGGACUUGAACACUCACAAGGAAAAUUAUAAGAUUAUUUCCCUUUCGUGCAGCAUGCAGCCAACGAGUUUUCACGGUGGAUUUGAAGAAAAGUCGAAAAGAAAAGUUGUGUCUGCGCAUGCUUGGAGGGAGAUACAAGAAGAGGAAAUAAACUGAUAAAGUGUCAACAAACAGAGUGUCUUCUGGAAGUCAAAGAAAUUCCAGGUCAACCCGACAGUUCAGAGGAGAAGAAAAGAUCUACAAAUAUUAUCUGAGCUAUUAAUCGGUGAAGGGUGAUGGCAUCAGUUAAAGAGCAGCUCAAUAAAUCACUGUAUGAACUGUUAGAAGAUGAUCUAAAGGUGUUUCAGUGGCACUUAAGGAAUGAUCAUGAGAGCAUAUCAAAGUCUGACAUGGAGAAUACAGAUAGGUUAAAAACUGUGGAUAAGAUGGUGGAGUGUUUCGGACCAGAAGAAGCUGUGAAGAUCUCGGUGGAGAUCCUGAGGAAGAUAAACCAGAAUAAUCUGGCUGAGCAGCUGGAGAACAAACUCAAGCAAGGCUCAUCUGCAGACGACAGUCAAGCUACUCUUCAUGAUUACACAGAGACCAUCCUUAAACUGAAGAACAAAUUAAAACAGGAAUACAAGCAGAUAUUGGUUGGUAAUUCACUGACGGGUCAUCAGAAAAACCUGAACGAUAUUUACACUGAUUUAUAUGUGGUGGAGAAUGAGACUGGAGGAAGAGAAAAUGACCAUGAGGUGAGACAGAUUGAAUUGAAUCAGAAACAAUAUGAUGCCAAGGACACACCAAUCCAGUGCAAUAAUAUUUUUAAAGUCAAUGAAAACAAAAAGGUGCUGAUGAUGGGGAUCGCAGGGGUAGGAAAAACUGUGUCUGUCAAUAAAUUCAUCCUUGACUGGGUUGAAGGAAAAGAAAAUCAGGAUAUAGCCUUCAUUUUCCCUCUGCCGUUCCGUGAGCUAAACCUGAUUACAGAGAACUGCAGUCUCAUGGGACUGAUUCAUGAAUACUUCUUUAGUGAUCCUAAAGAACUGCCCUCUCUUCCUGAAGGUGAUGGUAAGGUCUUGUUCAUUUUUGAUGGGCUGGAUGAAUGUCGCUUCCCUUUGAGGUUUAAAGAGGGAGGCAGAUUUACAAAUGUUUAUGAAAAAACAACAGUGAAUAAGAUUGUUACAAGCCUUAUCAAGAGACAUCUGGUUCCCUCUGCUCUCAUCUGGAUCACAUCCAGACCAGCAGCAGCCAGUCUGAUACCCCGAAACUACAUUGAUCAGGUGACUGAAGUUCGAGGAUUUAACGAUGAGCAGAAAGAGCAAUACUUCUUCAAAAACAGUUGUUCUGAGGUUGCUGGAAACAUCAUCCAUCACAUCAAGAAAUCCAGGAGUUUGUACAUCCUGUGCCACAUCCCCGUCUUCUGCUGGAUCUCCCUCACUGUUCUUCAGCCUUUACUGGCUCAAGACAGUAAUGACAAAACACCAACAACUCUCACAGGGAUGUACACAAGCUUCUUAAUUUCUCAGCAGCAACACAUGAAAGAAAAAUACUGUGAUGAUCGUGAAGCCAAUGCAAUGCAUUUUGAUCAGAUUAUUCUGAAGCUUGGGAAGCUGGCUUUUCAGCAACUAGAGAAAGGAAACCUAAUUUUCUACAAAGAAGAUCUUGAGCAAUGUGGACUAGAUGUCAGUGAAGGGUCUGUUUACUCUGGGUUAUGUACUCAGAUCUUUCAGGAGGAAAAAGCUGUUUCAGCAAGAAGCAUUUACAGCUUCGUACAUCUCAGCAUCCAGGAGUUCCUUGCUGCUCUCUAUGUGUUUUUGAUCAGCAAAGACAAGAAAGAAAACCCAUUUCUUCAAUCAUGGACAGGAAAACUGGAAUGGACUCUGUCCAAAAAGCCACUUUUUCAGCUCCAUAAGGCUGCAGUCAAAAAGGCUUUGCAAAGUGAGAACGGACACCUGGAUCUUUUCCUCCGGUUCCUUCUGGGUCUCUCACUGGAGUCCAAUCAGAGUGACCUGAAGGAACUACUGCCAGGACUGGAAUUCAAAACAGAGAACCUGAAAAGCACUGCUGACUUUAUCAAAAAGAAGAUAGAGAAGGAGAAAUCAGUAGAGAGGACCAUAAAUCUCUUCUACUGUUUGAGUGAGCUGAAAGAUGACUUUGUGGAGGAAAUCCAGAAGAAUCUUAGCUCAGGAAAUUUUUCAGAACAGAAGCUUUCCUCUGCUCAGUGGUCUGGUCUGGUGUUUGUGCUCCAGAUGUCAGAAGAGACUCAAGAGACCUUUGAACUACAGAAAUUCAGUAGAUCUGAUAAAGCAGUGAGAAGACUGUUGCCAGUGAUCAAAAACACCAGAAGAGCACUGCUACAUAGUUGUAAUCUCACUGCUCUGUCUUGCGAGAGUUUGUCUUCAGCUCUACAGUCCUCAAACUCUGUCCUGAGAGAGCUGGACCUGAGUAACAAUGACCUGAAAGAUUCUGGAGUGAAGCUUCUUUCUGAUGGACUAAAGAGCCCAAACUGCCAUCUGGAGAUAUUGAGGCUACAUAGUUGUGAUCUCACUGCUCUGUCUUGCAAGAGUUUGUCUUCAGCUCUACAGUCCUCAAACUCUGUCCUGAGAGAGCUGGACCUGAGUAACAAUGACCUGAAAGAUUCUGGAGUGAAGCUUCUUUCUGAUGAACUAAAGAGCCCAAACUGCCAUCUGGAGAUAUUGAGAUUGUCUGGCUGUAUGGUGACAGAGGAAGGCUGUCAUUAUGUGUCUUCAGCUCUGAGUUUGAACCCUUCACACCUGAGAGAGCUGGAUCUAAGCUACAAUCACCCAGGAGAUUCAGGAGUCAAGCUGCUUUCUGAAAAACUGGAUGAUCCAACCUGCACACUGGGCAAACUCAAUGUGGAUCAUGGAGGAGAGAACUGGAUUACACCAGGAGUACGGGAAUCUCCUUCUCUCUCUCGGCCUGUCCCUUUACUCAGGUCCCGUCUGCCCGGCCCUCCUCGAGUCCCGCCCCGCCCCCAGGUUCCCUAUUCGGCUCCACGAGUCCCUGCCUGCUCGUUGCUGGACCCCGCUCCUGUUUCUCCGCUCUCUCCAUGUCAGCCGCUUAACCCACUCUCUGCCACUGGAGUGGCAGGGAGGUCUGGGCCGGCCUGCUGCCGUUGCGAGGACCCGGAGCAUUUCGUGGACAGGUGCCCCGUUAUGGAAGUGGGGACAAUGGUCUGGGUCCCGGAUGUCCGCAGGCUGCCCCGGUCAAGCUGGGUGGUACCAAAUACCUUAAUUGCCGUGGGGAGAGUAUUUAAACGCCAGGAGAAACAGGAGCGAGUGAGAGAGAAGGACUACUGGCUGCCACACUCCUGGAUUCCUGCCUGCUUGUUGCUGGAGUGAAAUUAAUGUUUAUUUAUGACUGUUUUGUGCCGGUCAAGUUGAAUAUUCAUUUUAACUUUGUCAAAGCAUAAGAGGUUUUUGUGGACAUGUCCAUGUUUUGUUGAGGCCUUUCAUAGACAUGACUAUUUUUCUAUCACUUAGCCCUUAACUCCAACAUCGCAGUAAUUCAAACAGUUGAGUACUAUAAAUUGUGUUUAGUGUAUUUAGUAUAUUUCAAAAAGUUAAUUGAAAAAACAUUCAUUUCUUUUUAAAGUUUAUAAAUAAAUUGUAUAAUUAUAAGACCUGUUGUAUAAAAUUAAGUGUGCUUCUAAAACAGUAUUGAACAUUUAUUUAUAAAACAACACAUAUGUUUCACAGAGCAGGGGGAAAAGCACUCCUUACUCUUUUGAUGUCCUUAACAUGAAUAGCAGAAUGCUAUUGAAGUCUAAAAAUCUCUCUCUCUCUCCAAGUAACUUCAUGCAAUCGUGCUGUGAAACCUAAGACAGGAGGUGGAUGAAACAUUGUUUUGUCCGUGCUAACUUUUAUUUCAAAGCAUACAUUUAAAGGUUUAAUUACAUCUUUUAAAAAGUCUUAAGUCAAAUCUUCCUAGAAGACUGAUUAUCUGGCUUAAAACCUGAAGUAUAAUUUUUUAUUUAUCAGUGUAUGUGUAAAAUGUUGGGGUCUCACACAUUGUGUAACAUUUUCAAUAAUUCCUUAUAAAAAAAUCACCAAGCAUUUUCAGAAAGAGAACCUGUGAUGUCUCAGGCUGGUUCUGUAAAAGGAACUUCUCUAUUUUAAAUAAAAUGAUUACAUUUUU